AUGCUGAACAGUUUUGAUUCUUGCAUUAAGACCGCGUCUUCCGGCGUUUUUGAAGGCAUAACUGUCAAUUUAGGCCUCUGGGAUACAGCUGGUACAGAGCUUAUAUUGCUAGUAUGUGCUACUGACGGCCAUGAUGAUGUUAAACCUUUUGCGAAGUGCCUGAGUGAAAUUAAAAGAACUAUAUGUUAUGCUCCAGAACUUUGGUUAAGCAGUGCACGGGCUAAUCCAGGACGCCCUGUACGACAUGGUGCACUCCAUCAGUUUACACAGCAGAACCUUCCAGCAUGUAAACCCGUCCUUACACCUGCGGCAGUCAUUUCUACAUUUCUGUUGAUGGGUUUGAUUUUUAUUCCUGUUGGAAUUGUUACACUCCGUGCAUCGUAUAGUGUUGUUGAAAUUGUGGACAGAUAUGACAAUGAUUGUGUACCCGAAGAAUAUAGAGGUAACAAGGUAGCAUAUGUGAAAGACAACUCAAUCCCCAAAAACUGUUCGCGAUUCUUAAAGAUAAAUUCUUCAUCCUCAAUGCUUUCUUUCAAAGGAAGUCCACAUUGGUGA